UCUCAUCUGAGUCAACACCGACGCUUUGACGUUUUAACCAGCCAAGAAAUCCAGCGUAGCGUGCAAGUCCAAAAUUCUCAAUGAACUACUAAAUACAUAUCAAUCAAUGUGUCUUCCUGAUUAAGAAACUCCAAUCACACGGCUACCAAUUUCUCCUCCUAUAUCUGCAUCUACGACUCUUCUUCUCCUCCUUCGUUCUGUUCUGUGCCAUUCUUGCAUUCUUUUCUUUCUUUCUUUUUUUCUGAGUGUCAGAGGAAGCGAUCAAAUACUUCCCAAAUCCUUGCAUAAUUUUCUUUCAUGGAGGAUGCCACCACCUUUCAUAUCGUUAUGCUUCCAUGGCUCGCCUUCGGCCACCUCCACCCCUUCCUCGAGCUCUCCAAAUCCUUGGCCAAGCGCGGCCACAAAAUUUCCUUCAUCUCCACCCUGCGAAACCUCCGCCGCCUCCCCGACGUCCCUCCCCACCUCUCCCCUCUCAUCCGCUUCGUCCCCCUUCCCCUCCCCCACGUCGACGGCCUCCCCGCCGGCGCCGAGGCCACCUGCGACCUCCCUCAAAGCAGCACCCAGGAUCUCAAGAAGGCCUUCGAUGGCCUCGAACAACCCUUCGUCCAAUUCAUCCACCAAUCCUCCCCCAGGGCUGAUUGGAUCAUCCAUGACUUCGCGGCCUACUGGGCGUCGAAAGCCGGCGUUCCGUGCAUCUUCUAUAGCACCUUCCCAGCUUCCACCUUGGCCUUCUUUGGCCGUCCAUCAGAUAUCGGGACGGGCGGAGGAUCGUUGAAGGACCUGACGAUACCGCCCAAACGAGUGCCCUUCCCGACCACGGUGGCCUAUCGCUACCACGAGGCCAUCAGGCUUGCCCUCGACUCGCUGCAGCCCAAUGCCUCUGGGGUACCCGACUGGCUGCGCACAAAGCUCUCUCUCGAGAACUCCAAGCUUGUAGCCCAGAGGAGCUGCACGGACUUUGAAGCCGAUUGGUUUCAGGUAUUAAUCGGCCUCCACGACAAGCCGGUCGUGCCGGUCGGCCUACUACCACCCCUGCCGGAAAGCAGUGAGAGAAGGCACGGACAGGUCUUUAAUUUUCUCGACACCCAGACUCCUGGUUCCGUCAUAUAUGUGGCUUUGGGUAGCGAAGCCACCAUUAGCAGGGAACAAAUGCAUGAGCUAGCCUUAGGACUAGAGAUAUCUGGGCUGCCGUUCCUAUGGGCUCUGAGGAAGUCGACGACUGUCGAGACUGGCGACGCUGUUGACUUGCUGCCUGAGGGGUUCGAGGGUCGGACCGAAGGCCGAGGGCUGGUGGCUGUGGGAUGGGCGCCUCAGGUGGAGGUCCUGGCCCACGAGGCCGUCGGCGGCUUCUUGACGCACUGCGGGUGGAGCUCGCUUAUAGAGGGGCUGCAAUUCGGGCGGCCGCUAGUGAUGCUGCCGGUUUUCUCCGACCAGGGGCUGAAUGCUCGAGCCAUGGGGGAGAAGAAGCUGGGGUUGGAGGUAGAACGAGACGAACGAAAUGGCUUCUUUGGCAGGGAGGCAGUGGCCAGGGCUGUGAAGGUGGUGAUGGUGGGGGAGGAGGGAGAGGUGAUAAGGGCCAAGGCUAAAGAGAUGAGAGGCAUUUUUAGCGACAAGAAACGGCAGGAGAGGUAUGUAGAUGGCUUUGUGAAGUGCCUAGCUGAUUAUAGAUUGGAAUCCUUGUAAUAUACACGAUUUUAGAUCAAGUGUUUGAACUAUAGUUUUUGACCUCACGUGUGGUCGUAUACAUUUCUAGAUUGUUGGUCGUAUACAUUUCUAGAUUGUUGGUGAUCAAGGUAAUGGUUCAUAUUUAGAACCAGCUAGCUAUGUCUGUCUCUGUCACUUGCAUUUUAUUAUAUAUAUUUCCCUUUUUUAUCUUUUAUA